UUAUACACGCCGUCAAUAUUUUCAUAGAGGCAAGUGAGAUAGGACUAUAGGAGUAUAGGAGAGAGUGGAGCACAUACACAUUAUUCUCAUUUCUUCAUUUCACAACAUUUCACCCGAAAAAAAAGCUAGGUGGUCCUUAAUUAUAACAAAGCCAAAAAAAAAUGAACCACCACCAUUGUGUUCCUACUUGGACUAAUAAUUUGGAAGAUGAAAUCCCACCACCGCCGCCGCCGCCAUCGUAUCCGCCACUCUCAAGAGUCCUCCCCUCCCAAUCUAUCUCCACCUCACUCUCCGUUGGACCUGAUUCCUCUAUGCUAGAUUACGAGAUGGCGGAGCUAACGUGGGAAAACGGGCAAUUAGCGAUGCAUGGCUUAGGCCUACCGCGUGUAUCAAGCAAGUCAAACCUAGCUGACGCGGUGGCAUGGACCGACAAAUUAUACACACGCGCCAGUGGUACGCUUGAGUCUAUAGUAGACCAAGCUUAUCAUAACCAAGAACCGUCGCCGAUGGCAGCAAGAAGAGGCGCGUGGAAGCACGAUGAAGACGAUGUUGUGCCGUGGUUUGGACCUAAGACAACAGCACCGGUUCCUGUUACCCUCGACGCGCUUGUCCCGAGUAACAACAUGGUAGGGUGUUCAACGCGCGUUGAAUCGUGUAGCACGGCGGCGCGUGUACCAUUGGGUUCUGAUUGGAGUGUGAGUGUUAGUGCCAGUGCUAGCGCGUCGGAGAGUACGAGGAAGAAAGGACAUGCGGAGGACACGUGUGAACAGUUAAGGAGUAUGAACAAUAAUAACGGAUUUACGUCCACGUCAUUUGGGCAGGUAUCACCGGAGAAUACCAAGACUUUCACCGUUGACGAACAUGAUUCCGCUUGUCAUAGCAGGCCACAGUUAUCAUCAUCCUUAAAAAGUAAGAAAUCACAUCCGAUCUCGAGAAAAAAGAAGAGGGAGAGAGGUGAGGAGGAGGAGAAUCAAAAGCAAGGCACAGAAAAAUCAGGUGUAUCAACAAAAAGAAGCAGGGCCGCCGCUGUUCACAAUCAAUCUGAAAGAAAAAGACGAGAUAAGAUCAAUCAAAGGAUGAAAACGUUGCAAAAGCUAGUUCCUAAUUCUAAUAAGGCAGACAAAGCCUCAAUGUUGGACGAAGUAAUAGAGUACCUAAAGCAACUACAAGCACAAGUUCAAAUGUUAAGCCGAAUGAGCUUGCCAUCGAUGAUGAUGCCACUAGCCAUCCAACAUCAAUUACAAAUGUCGAUGAUGGCUCCUAUGGGAAUGGGAAUGGGAAUGGGAAUGGGUAUGGGUAUGGGUAUGGGAAUGGACCAAAUGAACAUGAGUAUGAAUCCUAUGGGACAUCCUAACAUGGCAGGAAUGAAUCCAGCUCUAAUGAAUCUUGCUGCUGCUUAUAACAUGCCGCCCUUAGCUCCUACUUCUGAUGGAGCCUCUAGAGGUGGUGGAGACUGCAUUUUGCCUCAAGGAAACAUGGUCCAGACUGAUCCCUUAUCGACGUAUCUCGCAUGCCAAUCACUUCCGAUGACGAUGGAUGCAUACAGCAGAAUGACAGCCAUCUAUCAGCAGCUACAGCAACAACAAACGCAACAACAACAACAACAACAACAACAACGGUUAAACCAACAACAAGCUGGGCCUAGUUCCAAUAUUUAGGGUAAUAUAUAAUACUAUAUGAAGUAUAUUUCAAGAGUUGGCUCAGGGUUACCUACGUUUAUGAUUGCGAUAUAGAAGUACUAUAUAUUAUUAUACGAUUUUAUCUCUAUAUCAUGAUGAUUCAUGAGCUAAUGAAUUGUAUAUUUGUAUCUAUUUGAACUUUGAAAUUUUGGAGUAAUAUAAGUUUUGGCAUGUAUAUAGAGAAAUUCAUCGGUGCUCGUACAAUCAUGCAUGCAUAAUAUACGUGUUACGUACUUACGUGCGUGUAUAUGCAUUGUGGAUAUGGCAUAUGGGGUCUCCUUUUCGAGUUA